ACCUUGCAACCGCGACAACGGUUGGUCCAGUAUUCGAUCUAUGUAGUACGUAUCUAUACGUACAUGUGCUGGCUGUUACUUGUGUGCGUCGACUAAAUUUAUGCGCGAUAAUAAAAUAUUAGAGAUUGAGAAAGGAAUAUGUUAAAAAAAAUUGCAUCUUGAACACCAGUGCGGGUGGAAAGAAAAGAAAAGAAAAGAAAAGAAAAGAAACGGAAACGGAAACAGAAUCACGGUUCGAGAAAUUCGAUAGGAUAAAGGGAGGAAAACGCGCAAGUUAUCGAUCGAUUCGAAGCAAUAAAGAAGAGUUUGAAGAGGAAAUAGAUGAUAGAUAGCCAAGGAAGCGGAGAAAAGAAGGAGAAAGAAAAAUUGUAUGACCGAUAUGUCGAACGAAGAAAAAUCAGAGGAGCGCGCGGCGAACGAAGCGAACGAAGCGAACGUCGAGGAAUUGGAACAACUUCGUGACAAGUACGAGGGAAAAUUGACGACAUCGCUUUAUACCGGUACUUUGUUCGUCGCUGUAGCCGCUUCGGUUUUCGCGAUAGGAGACCUCUGCGCUACCAACUACCGGGAUUUAUCGAAAGUUAUUGUCCCUGCAUCGAGUUUAACGGCAAUGUUAUUUUCCUCGUUGAGUUUACUGCUGUUUACGCAACUGCCGUCGGCUUUAACUUCAUCCAGAACCAGAUUUAUUAUCGGUUUCGCAUCUUCCACGAUCAUCGGUGUUGGAAUUUUGAUCGUUCGAGGCUCGGUACCCUUAUUUAUUACCAUUCUGGCAAUGAUUGCCGUGUUACCGAGAACCAACCGACAAACGCCAACCAUCCUUGCAGUUAUCUUUAUAAUUGUUCAUUUGGGUGGAAAAUUUCUGUUUUCCGAUCAGUCGAAUUACUAUCAAUCGGCUCAGCAGAUAUGCAGUGAAAUGAUAUUCCUAUCGGUGGCAGUCGUUUCGGGUUCGUAUUACAGUAUUUUAACCGGAAAAGCGCACGCAAGAACGUUCUCUGGGACAAAAACGGUCAUCGAAUCCCGAAUAAAGCUAGAAUGCGAAAGAGAACAGCAAGAACAAUUAUUGUUGAGCGUUAUUCCAGCGUAUAUAGCUGCAGAGGUGAAAAGAAGCAUUAUGCUGAAAAUGGCUGAUGCUUGUCAGGAAGUUAGUAACCACCAACAGACCAGAUUUCACGAGAUGUACGUGCAAAGGCAUAACAACGUUAGUAUUCUGUACGCGGAUAUCGUGAAUUUUACACCAUUAUCGGAACAAUUAUCAGCUUCGGAUCUGGUGAAAACGUUGAACGAACUUUUCGGAAGAUUCGAUCAAAUUGCACAGGAUAAUCAGUGCAUGAGAAUAAAAAUAUUGGGCGACUGUUACUAUUGCGUGUCAGGACUGCCGGUUUCUCGGCCGAAUCACGCGUACAAUUGUGUAAACAUGGGACUGGAAAUGAUCGAUGCGAUCAGAUUUGUUCGCGAAGCAACGGGAUUUAACGUGGACAUGAGAAUCGGUAUACAUACCGGGAACGUGUUAUGCGGAGUACUCGGCCUACGAAAAUGGCAAUUUGACGUUUGGAGCGACGACGUUACUCUGGCAAAUCAUAUGGAAAGUGGCGGAUUACCGGGGAGAGUACACGUAACCGAAGCUACCUUGCAUCAACUCGGUAAUUGUUUCCAAGUGGAACCCGGAGAUGGGAAAUCUAGAGAAAGCUAUCUUGCUUGCCACAACGUCGAAACUUUCUUGAUAAUACCACCAAAGAAAAUCAGUCGAGAACGUUCAAAGGAUGUCGGAGCCGCUUCGGUACCGUCAAGAUCAAGACCAAGUAGCAAAAUGACCAAAUAUGUUGAAUGUUGGGGCGCGGAUAAGCCUUUUGCUAAUAUCGCGGAAGCUACGCUCGCAAAAAAUAUCGGUCUAACGAGUAUCGCCAUGAUCGAAUCGAAUUUGUUAUCCAACAGAAAUGUAAAUUGUUUCGUGAACCUAAAAGAAUGGUGCAAGGGUAGUAGCGACGGUUUGGGUAACGGUAACGGUUUGGGUAACGGUAACGGUAACGAGGGUAUGUCACCAUUUACUUACCGAUUCAACGACCAAAAUCAAGAACUUCGGUUCCGUGAACAAGUCGACGAACAAUAUCUUUGGUAUCUUCUCGCCUCCGAUACAAUUUACGCGAUCAUCUUCUGUAUUCAGAUUAUUUAUUUACCCAAAAGCGUCAUAGUUUACGGCUCUUUUCUCCUUGGCUUCUUAUUCCUGUUCAUUUUUACUGCGAUAUGUUGGCUAGCCAGCAAAACUGAAACCCAAGGUAACGUUUCCCGAUGUCGGAUAGUUUUUACCAGAGGCGUCCGAAUAACGGCGUACUUGGUUACGGUGUUUCUGUCAACCGGCUCGUCCAUGCUGAGCCUGAUCGAUGCCGAUCGAACAAACGGCUACCAUGUCGCGCCACUAUACAUUUAUUCCGCAGUGAUGUCUCUGAUCGUUGGUUGGACAUAUUUACGCGUUGAUUUCUUACUUAAAUUCUGUGUAAUGUUCCUCUCCGUAACAACGAUCCUUGCAACGUUUUCGCAAGUAACGACCAUACGACUGUACUGCGCGAUCGAAAAUGACGAAAUAUUUCACAGACAUUACCGCGUCCACUGCUUCCUUCAAAUUGGAUAUUUGCUCGCACUCGUUUGCAUUAUAUUGCACGUUUUGGACAGACAAGUAGAAUAUACCUCGAGAAUUGAUUUCCUCUGGCAAAGUAAACUAAAAAUCGAACAGGACCAAGUAGAGACUAUGAGGGGCAUCAACAAAAUUCUUCUCGAGAAUAUAUUGCCGGCUCACGUAGCAGAGCAUUUCUUAACAAACGUCAGAGCCAUUCAGGAUCUUUAUCACGAACGAUAUAGUAGCAUUGCCGUCAUGUUUGCAUCUAUUCCAAAUUACAAGGAAUUCUAUGACGAAACUGACAUCAAUAAGCAAGGAUUAGAAUGUCUCAGGUUAUUAAACGAGAUUAUCUGCGAUUUUGACAAAUUGUUGCUCAAACCAAAAUUUUCCGGCAUUGAAAAGAUUAAAACUAUCGGGAGCACAUAUAUGCUUGCAUCUGGUCUAAGUCCAGGGAAAGAAGAUGCCGAUCGAAAGGACCCGUUCAAGCAACAAGAUCACAAUGUAAUCGUUCUCGUUGAAUUUGCUCUUGCUUUGAUGACCAUUUUAGACCAAAUCAACAAAGAAUCUUUUCAAAGAUUUAAACUGAGAAUAGGUUUGAAUCACGGUCCCGUGAUAGCAGGCGUGGUGGGAGCACAAAAACCUCAAUAUGAUAUUUGGGGUAACACCGUAAACGUGGCAUCGAGGAUGGACAGUUGCGGAGAAAUGGGAAAGCUUCAAGUCACCGAGGACACGGCAAAGAUUUUAGUAGCUGCUGGCUACGAAUUGACGUGUCGAGGACCUACUUAUGUUAAAGGGAAAGGCACCUUGGUCACAUAUUUCGUGAAAACACCGUUCGACGACAAAGAGGACAAUUAUUAGUCCAACGAUUGGUUUCGAUUACCAAUUGAAACAUAAGCAAACUUUAACAAGGUAAAUAAGAAAGAAAAACGUAUUUAUCCACGAGCGAAAUAACACACGAGUAUCACCGACAUGUAAUAUCUAUUUCAAACUUGUAAGAGAACGCGUGAACCUAACGUAAAUUUCCCUAUUGCGCUUCCAGUUACACGAAAUUCUACUCUUGCGAUACCGACAAAGCUUUUAAACCAAAUAACUUUCCAUCUACGAUUUAAACUAAACACGUGCAAAUAGAUAAAAAAAAUCAUUGGUCAACGAUUACACGUAAAUAAUGAUAAUAAUGAUAAUUGUCGAAAUAAAAUGGAUACCUUUAUUUUCAUAAUGGUAAUGGUUUUAGUUACGUGUCUGAUCGAAAUCGGAAGAAAAAUACAAUAAAAGUGAAAUAUAGAGCAGGAAAGAAUCGGGUCAGAAGAGACAGCGAAAGAGAAAAGGAAAGUUAUUUAUU